AUGACCAAGGACAAUCCUAGCCCCUCGGGGGGCAGCCGCGCCUCGCCUAAGAAACCAAGGAGCCCGUGCCCUGCAGAGGCGGUGCUGGAAGAUCAGAAACGGGAGCUGGAGAAAGUGCGGGCCGAGUUGGAGGCGGAGCGAGAGCGAGGGCGGGCAGACCGGAGGCGCUUCGCCGCCCAGGCGCGCCAGCUGAGAGAGGCAGGCGAGCGGAAGCGGCAGCAGCUGGCGGAUCACCUGCGCUCAAAGUGGGAGGCGCAGCGCAACCGGGAGCUGCGGCAGCUGCAAGAGGCGGUGCUGCGAGAGCGCGAGGCCGAGAUCCGGCAGCUGCUGCGUUGGAAGGAGGCCGAGCUGCGGCAGCAGUGGCAGCUGUUGGAUCGCGAGCGCGACGACGUCGUGCGCCAGGCCCGGGCGCUGCAGCGCCAGCUGGCCGAAGAGCUGCUGAGCCGUGGCCACUGCGGUCGCCGUGGGGGGCCGAGGGCGGCAGCCACGCGGCGCCGCUGUCGCCUGCCGGACGAUCUGGUACAGCUGCGCUGGGAGAUCGACGGCAGGCAGGCAGCGCACAUCCGCCACCUACAGGCGGCACUCGAUGCGGAGCGACAACUCUUCCUCAAGUACAUUCUGGAGCACUUCCGCUGGCGCCCUGCUGCAUCCGCGCCCCUGGACCCCCAAACUCUGCAAAUCUCGGAAGAGCUGCCACCGCCAGAGACCACCAGCUGCCCCUCACAGCCGACCUGUCGACGCCAAAGGCUGCGCAUCGCCACCUAUCCGCGAUCCCAGUCCCUUGACUCUGCAGGCACGUCGCGCUCCAGCUCACGCGAUGGCCAGCUCCCCUCGCGUGCCUGUUCCCUCGAAUCCUUGGGCCACGCGCGGAAUCGCGCGCUCGGCGCCACUCGGAGUCACCGUAAGACUCCCAAAUCCGAAGAGCUGGCCUCUUCCUCGCCAGACCAAGGGGCCCAGGGCUCCCCGAGCCCUUCGCACCCGCCACCAUCACCACAGCCCCCAUGCGCGUCCCUGUCCGAACACAGAAAAUCUAGCGACCCCCAGGACCCAGAAGGUUCAGGGAGCGCCCCUUGUGAGGCCCUGACAUCCUCGCCAUCGGACGCAAACGACAUCGCCCUGGUGAAGCGGAACUUGGAGCUGGCCGAGGCGCUGCGGGUAGUGGUUCGCCGCUGCUCGGCUCUAAGCAAGGAGAACAGCCGGCUGCGGCGCGCUGGCUUCCCCGACGAGGCCAAGGAGAAGGUUAAGCGGCUCAAGGUGAAGAAUAUGGAACUGACGGACCUGGCGCGACGCCUGGAAGACCGCGCCCGCCAGCUGCGGGAGACAAACCUACAGGCCAUGAGCGCUCUGGGGCCUGCCGAGAGCGCAGCCGAACUGCGUCAGGACUUCAUGCGCCUGCGCUCCCAGGACUUGACAGAUCAGGCCCGCGCGCUCCUGACCAAAGACAAACAGAUCGAGGAGCUGCAGCGGGAGUGCCGCCUGUUGCAGGUGCGUUUUGCCUCGGGUCUUGCCAGCCCCCCGCUCCCGGAAAGGGGCGCCUGCAGCGCGCAGUGGCUCGGUAUCAGCGACUUGGAUCGGCUGCUGCGCGAAUCCCAGUGGGAAGUCAUGCGCUUACAGAGGCAGCUGAUGAUGCAGCGGGACCGGAACAGCACUCAGGCCCGGUCGGGAGUGCACAGCGAGCCCUGCGAGGAGGCCCAGGGCCAAGUGCAGGAGUUGGAAUGCGAGCUGGGCUCACGGAGCCGCGCGUGUGAAGAGGUGGGCGCGUGGACAGUGGCAGCACGCCAAUGGAGUGAGGAGGUGCAGCUGCAGGCUGUGCUGUGCGAAGGCACGUGGCUUGUGGAGGAGAAUGUGCAGCUGCAGGCCCAGUCCAGCCGGUUGAGGAAGGUGGAGGCCGAGAGGAGUGACUGCACGCUCAGGCAGCUGGGGCGAGUGUGCCAGGAAAACAAUGCCACGGGCCUCCUGGCAGAGCAGCUAUUUCAGCAGGUGAUGCGUGGGCAGGACAAGCAGCAGCAGAUGCAACCUGAACUGGAGAAUGCAUUUGAGGAGCUUCAGACUGACCAGGAGGAGACGCCACAGGAAGCCACCCAAGUUCCCAAAGCCAAAGCUGAGGACAGCACAAGGCCAGCCUUCCAGCCAGAACAUGAAGACCAAACGCUGGUCCAGAGUAGUGGGAAUAAGCAGAAAGAAGCUUUGCUUCUGGAAAGCCCAGCCACCCUUGAGGAGUUCCCCAGUGCCCCGCAAGCAGUGGCCAGUGCCCCUACUGACUCUAAGCCCCAGGCCACAAAAGACCGGUCUAAUUCCUCCUCAGAGGUGGAGUCUGUAUGGGCCACCGUGCUCUCCUGCGCUAACGUGGACUUGGACACCACAAGUGAAGUGGAUGACUUGGAGCUGGACGGUGUGUCCCCAGCGCUGGAUGUGGGUGGCUUAGAGAUUCCUGCCAGUACCAAGCCGAAGAUUUUCCUGGCUCAGUAUAGCUACAACCCAUUCGAGGGGCCCAAUGAGCACCCGGAGGGGGAGUUGCCCCUUACAGCAGGGGACUAUGUGUUCAUCUUUGGAGACAUGGAUGAGGAUGGCUUCUAUGAGGGGGAGCUUAAGGAUGGCCGGCAAGGCCUAGUGCCCUCCAACCUGCUGGAACAAGUCCUGGACAGCAACAUUCUGGACUGCCUCACUGCCACAUCCCCCAACAGGGACCUCAACCCAUUCCUGGCUGGGCAGGAAGCCUUGAUGUCCGAAGACCAGGAAGUGGUGGACAGGGAAUCACACACAGUGGCUUUAUCAGUGUCCCCAACAGACAUGACACUGGAAAUCUUGGAUGCUGAGAGGGAAGCCCACUGGUCAAGCUGGCUGCAGAGUCUAGAGGAGCAGCGCCUCCCCAAGGCCCUUCUAGGGGUUAAGGGGGCCCUCCAUGCAGCCCCCAUGCAACUAGGGCUACAACGGGUCACUGCAACCUCUGUAGACAUCACCUGGGUCUGCAGCAGCCCCUGUCACCCCCAUGUGGUGUACCUUGAUGGCCAGGAGCAUGCACAGACCCCAGCAGGAGUGAACUCCUACACCUUCCACAGCCUUCUCCCUGCCACCCAGUACAAGGCCCAGGUGGCAGUACAGCUGCCACAGGCCUUGACACAAGGGCCCUGGGAAAGGAUGUCUUCCACCCUCACAUUUGCCACCCCCUUGGCUGGGCCGCCGGAUCCUCCACUGGAUGUGUUGGUGGAGUGUCACUCCUCAGCAGGCUUCCUGGUGGUCAGCUGGCUGCCCGUGACUAUUGAUUCCGCAGGGUCCUCCAAUGGUGUCCAGGUCACAGGUUAUGCUGUGUACGUUGAUGGUAUCAAGGUGGCUGAAGUGGCCAGUGCCACUGCUGGGACCACCUCACUGAACUGUUCCCAGCUGCAGGCACAUGGGAUCUGCCAGAGAGUGUCAGUGAGAACCAUGUCCCUCUGUGGUGAGUCCCCGGAUUCAGUGCCAGCCCAGAUUCCCGAGGACCUGCUCACCUAUCACCAGCUGCCCUCUCCUACUGAGGGUAUACACAGUCACUUCUCUGUCAGUCGAACCUCCAACCCUGUCUUUGCUCAGGAGCCUGUGAGCACCCAUGUUUGUGGAACCUGCCAGGAGUCCCAGGCAGAAUUUCUAGAAACAUUGCCUAAAGAACCUCAAAGGAGGCAGUCCCAAGUGCCCAGCCCAAUUUCAGAAGAAAAAUGCCUAAGUUCAAGGGCUCUGAGCCUUUGGAAGGUACAAGAGGAGGUCGAAAAGAACCUACUCACCCAGGAAGGUCUCCAGUACCCCAGGACCCCACUGUCUCAUGACCUACCCACAGGGGAGGAAAACCACUCUCAGGACGUGGACCUCACCCAGAGCCCCACUUUGGGACUCAACCAUGUCUCUCCCAAGCCUGGAUCUAGGAGGGUACCAUGUCGGCACAAGCCAUCACUGAAGAAAGUCAUUUAUGAACAGCAGGAUGUCGAAGGAUCUGAUACUACCCCAUGGAGCCCAAGCCAGCAGUGUGAGUCCAGCGGAAACAAGUGGCCAACAAUGAAAGGAGAUUCAUGGGUCCACGUGCACACUGAUGAAUGGCAAGAACAGAAAGAGGAUCUGUGCAUCCAAGCACACACCAAGAAAUGGCAGGAACAGAAAAAGGCCCUGGUGGCCCAGAAUGACUGCGGCCUAGCCUGUGAGCCAAACCCAGUGCUGUGUCCAGCUCUGCCCAACCAGGUUGACCCCACAUCAAUAGAGCAGAGGGCAAAUUCUGAGACCAGGGUCUUCCUGGCCCUCUUUGAUUACGAGCCCCAAGUGACAUCUGCCAACCCCCAGGCUGCUGAGGAAGAGCUGGCCUUCCAGAAAGGGCAACUGGUGAGAGUGUGGGGACCCCAGGAUGCCAACGGCUUCUACCGUGGUGAGCACAGUGGGCAGGUGGGCAUCAUCCCUGGGCACCUGGUGGCCCAACUGAAGUCUGGUGUGGAAUGGGCAGACGAGAGAUGGCAACUGCCUACUCAAGUUCAGCUGUGCUCUGUAGCCUGCCUCAAGGAUUUUGAAGAAGUCACUGGCUGCUUCCCCACAUCCCAGGGGAGCCCUGGGGGCCCCCAACUCUGGACUCCCAAAAUCAUGAUGGCUGCUCUUGACUAUAAUGCUAGAGACAGGCAGGCAGGGGGCUGGGCAAAGGACAAGCUGGUGCAGAAGGCAGGAGACCAGGUCACAGUCUGCAAGCCUCUGGAUGACAACAGCUUCUACUAUGUCGAGUCAGGAGGCCACCAGGGCCUGAUUCCAGCCCACCUCCUGGAUCACAUGUCCUUCCACACUGAGUGA